CCGUAAUCUCUACAUUCCCCUCUUUCUCUCUCUCUCUUUCUAAAUUUAGCGCCAUUUCUACCUUCCCUCAUUCAAUUAUGGCGUCUUUCAUAAUUACACAGCUCGCCCAUCAAAAGCUCGAUCUAUGAUCGGGCAAUGGGGCUACUCGGCUGAGCUGUGAUCACAUUUGGCGGUCAUGAUGGGGACAGAUUCUUCGGCGGACCUCCAUAUCAAGGUCCAUCCACGGCAGGCCGACACCGCGAUUCACCCAACGGGGUCGCCGUCUGCCGGCAGGAGGGCGCGACCGUCGCAGCUGCAUUCGUCGCCGUCCUCCCGUUUGUUCACCGAGUUCGAACCUUUUAAGAAAUGGUGCCCGUGGCUCGUGCCAUCGUUCGUGGUGGCUAACAUUGCGUUGUUUCUAGUUGCCAUGUACAUCAACAAUUGUCCCAAGAACUCCGCCUCUUGUGUUGCUCGGUUCUUAGGGAGGUUCUCAUUCCAGCCGCUGAAGGAGAAUCCCCUUCUCGGGCCUUCUUCAUCCACAUUGGAGAAAAUGGGAGCUCUAGAUGUUUCUGAAGUGAUCAACAGACGCCAAGCCUGGCGCCUGGUCACUUGUAUAUGGUUACACGCUGGGGUUUUCCAUGUCCUUGCUAAUAUGUUGAGUCUCCUAUUUAUAGGAAUUCGUCUUGAGCAAGAAUUUGGGUUCGUACGUAUUGGGUUGCUAUAUGUCAUAUCUGGUUUUGGUGGGAGUUUGUUAUCAGCCCUUUUUAUCCAAUCAACCAUCUCCGUUGGUGCUUCUGGUGCUCUCUUUGGUUUACUUGGAAGCAUGCUUUCAGAGCUCAUCACAAAUUGGACAAUAUAUUCAAAUAAGUUUGCAGCGUUGUUGACUCUUGUUUUCAUCAUCGCAAUCAAUCUAGCAUUGGGAAUACUUCCACAUGUAGACAACUUUGCGCAUAUUGGGGGUUUUCUUUCUGGCUUUCUUCUGGGGUUUGUUUUUUUUAUGCGUCCCCAAUUUGGAUGGGUUAGCCAAAGGAAUGCUCCUCCUGGAUAUGUUCCAACUUCGACUAAACCAAAACACAAGAUGUAUCAGUAUGUGUUGUUGGUUAUAUCAUUGAUUCUUUUAAUUGUUGGAUUUACCAUUGGUCUGAUUAUGCUCCUCCAAGGGGUCAAUGCAAAUGAUCACUGCUCCUGGUGCCAUUAUUUAAGCUGUGUCCCUACGUCGCUAUGGAAUUGCCAGCCACAUAAUUUGUAUUGUCAGACUAGCCAAACUGUGAAUCAGCUGAACUUGACUUGCCUAAGCAAUGGGAAAAGCAGCAGUUAUAUGAUGGCAAACAACGGCAGUUCCCAGAUUCAGCAGUUGUGUGCCCAGCUUUGCAGCUCAUGAACAAGCAUAUCCAUAUCCAUGGGAGAUGAUAGAAGCUUGCAUGAGCCUUGAGCUGUGAAAUCGAACAACUGAUCGGUAGUACUGUAUAUGAAUCAUAUGUGCUUGUGUAAAGAACAGCUUUCAGUAUCCAUUAAGCAGUUCUCAAUCACCAUUUUUUUAUUGCUACUUUUUCCCAUUAAAUUUGAAAUUUAUACUUAUUAUUUCAGUAGCUUAAAUGGUAUUUCAUACAAGGCAUCCGUAGUUGGGAGAAA